GCCAAGACGUACUGCUGCAGAACAGAUUGUCUGGAUCUUACUUCCGUGACCCUUUAAUGCUUCGCGUAUAACCAAGCCGGCGGCAUGGCGAAAUUUGAUCUCGGUGAUGUGUCUUAUUCGGUCGUUGCGGAAGCGUCUUCGAUACGUUAUGAUGAAGUAGGCAGCUCAGCGGUUGCUGCGCCUAUGAUAUCUCUACUGCGGCUAUUCCGCCCCACCUGAUCCCAACAUCUUAAUUUAGGAACCUUAUCUAAUUUGAUACGAGCGGUAUACAGCAAAUACUGCUUCUUCCUUCGCAAAUAUCUUCGGCAAAAUUAUCACUGCAGCUGGAAAUUGAAUUCCUCCCUGUUCAAGUCAUCCUACGCCCCCUUUCUCUCCACGGAAAGUAAAAUGCCUGACGUAAGCGAGAUCACUUACUCGCACGAUGCGACAGUCGAGGCCGUCCGCAAGUACUUCCAAUUCCUAGCAGUCAUGUACAUGGACGAAUCGAAGAUCAUUGAGCCCCCUGAAGGUGGGUGGAACACCAUCAGUCCGGAGGGUUGGCCAAAUUUCGACAAGACAGAGGAGGUAGUCGACCUACUUCGUCACCUGCCCUACCUAGAAACAUAUACCAAUAUCGCUCCCCACUGUGAGUUCAUGGCCUGGCAUAGUGUACCUGCGGAUCUGGAUGGUGCGGACCUCAAAGAGGCAACCGAGCCUCAUCCGGAAGAAGCACAGAUACCAUCUCACAUCGUGGGUUUAACGGCGCCGACUGCGAAUGGUCUGAUAUUCCUGCUCGACACCGAGCUCGGCGUCAUUUACUGGCAUGAAUGCAUGAGCGAAGCCAAAGUUGAAAUACCAGAAGUCCACCCCGACGCUUACGGCAUGUUGGACGAUGAGCUGAUCCCCGAAGAUCAGGUUGAAUGGCGGGCCGACAGUGGAAUCUGGGAGAUAUCUGACUUCUUUGAGAUGCUCAAGGCCAAUUUCAGAACGCUCAAUUUCGUACCAUUCCACCAGAAUCUAGUUAGGGCUGCUUGGUAUGGACGCACCGCAGAGGAUCAGGAAACGCUCGAGGGAGUCCAGAAGAUUUACAAAGAUCAUGGGUGGCCUGACCUAGCACGAUACCGCAAGAAUGAUUGCCUCGCGACUAUUGAUGCUUUCUUAAAAACACGCGACUAGGACUCCGACGAAAGACAGUGGGGAAUGAGAAGUCGAUAGCGUAGUCUGGGCAGUGGCGGCUCGGACGUUCUACUUUUGUAGCUAACCCUUGUUUUAUGUAGGUGUACCUGCAUAAGUACUAUACUUGGCUAAUUAAAUCUUUG